AUGCGACCUGGUCGACCCAAAUCAAGAGUAUCCAAACAGAACGGCGUUGGAAAAUUCUCAAUGUCCAAAGUAGAACAACCAAAGUUCAGUAGGUCUCCUGUAUCGAAAACACAACGGUCACUAUUCGCACGAUCAAAUCGAUCCUCCACCACUGUGCUUCCAAAGCGCAAUUCAUCUCAUCACGAAGCACCCCGAGAAGAUUCUCGAUCGGUUGUUCGAUGUAUCGACAGUCGAAACUCAGCCGGACGUCGGGCUCAAAUCGCAGCGCCAUCGGAUCACUUAACAGAAGAGGAAUUCUAUCGCGUUAAAAUGCAACAACAACGUCGCAAAGCAAAAGAACAAAUGGCCUUGGGAAAUGCUUUGACAACAAAUCAUGGCGAAAUAAUGGGGUAA